AUGCCAGACGUGGAUGAAGCACUGGCGACGAUGUCAUCUUGCGUUAGUCAGCCGGCACGUGAGGCUUGGGGUGUCUGGGGUAAACCGAAAAUGGAAAAAGUGGUGGGCACACGAGUGGUUCGCGAUCAUUCUUCAGAUGAACAUCGGCCGGUCAAUGGUCUGAUCAUAGAGAGGAUGGUGUAUUAUAUUCGCUUUCUGAAGACCCCACGGUUCCAGCAACAGAAAAAAUCGGUCUUCAUUUCGGCUCUGAUCUGCAUCACAACGGACCUGGGGGACGACUUUCUCGCCGAGGAUGUUGACUUGGUAGCAACAUGGAUUCAGCAUUCCUCCCAGAAAGUACGAUAUCAGGCACCUCUACAAUGGCAGGCUGGAUCUCGCCAGUUGUCUAUUCUUCUGGGACCCUUUUCUUCGAAUGAUGUGGCCCGGCAGACGGCAGUCUUGAAAAUUCAACUUCCGAGUGUUGAUAAAGAUACAUUAGGAGAUAACACGACCCCUCUAGUGAUAUCUGGAAGCAGUGCACCAUUUGGACCUCAGUGGGAACCAGCUGAAAAGCUGAUUCAACGAGACUUGAACAUCACAGGCAAUGUCAGGCCACUCAAGAUUUGGGAGGAGACAGGCAAUAGCAUCGCUCGACAUAUCUGGGAUGCCGCACUUGCUUCCAUCAUCUUCCUUGAAAAGGUCAUUACGGGCACUGAGAAGAGCAUGCCCGCUCUCAGUCAGCUCAUGGGCCCUCGCAGCGCGCCGCUCCAGGUUGUGGAAUUGGGAGCAGGCUGUGGCAUUGUUGGCAUCGCACUAGCCACCAUGCUGUCUAGCUGUGAAGUUCUCCUCACCGACCUGCCGGAGGUUGAAGACAUUGUUACUCGUAAUAUCCAAGAAGCGACUCCCAAAGCCUCGGCUUCAAUAAGAUAUCAGACUCUAGAUUGGGACAACCCGCCGCCAAAGCUCUGCAAUCGGCCCAUCGACCUGAUUCUGGUCUCUGAUUGUACCUACAACGCAGACAGCCUGCCGACCCUAGUGUCAGUGCUAGACCGAUUGGUUCGGACUUCCCCGGACGCCCUGGUGCUAGUCGCACUGAAGCGACGGCACGAGAGCGAGGUCGUUUUCUUCGAUCUGAUGCGAAAUGUGGCCUUUGAGCCCUUGCAGGCCGCCAUAGAGUUGCCCGCAUCGCAUGAAGAGGUUGAUCAGAUUGAAUUGUACUGCUACCGCCGCACUGCUGACCAAGGCGACGUGUCAUAG